AAUGUUCGUAAUGUUUUAAAAUAUAAAAAACCUAUAUAAUGACUUGGCUUACUCGAAUGUUGUGGUGUUUCUCGAUCAGGCUCGACUUAGUCGCGUUUACUUGAGCUAAGCUCCUAUUUCCACUAAUCCUCCAGAUUCCGCAAUUUCUUGACUCGACAACUCUGCCUGCCCGGGAAUUUCACUCACUCACUCAAAUCUCACUCCAUGUGCCCGACUCAUUGGAAUUGAGAUUGGGGUGGUGGUGGUGGUUGUGCACUCACUCACUCGCUCUCCGGUUGAGUGGAACUGCGCUGCUGCGGUGAAUAGCUCUCAGUCUGCGGACGGCGAUCGUUGGACUGCCUACCUGCCUCUGCCGCUGCCGCUGCCCGCGUCACCAGGUAAGGAGUUCCUCGGUUUCACUCGGGGACUCGUUUCUGCUUCGGCCCGAUUCGUUUUUAGCCGGUGUCCGUCGACUCGGAGGAUCAGUAUCCUUUUGGCAUCUUGCGAGCGCGGUCGUUUGCCGCUCUCCUUCGAAUGAACAUUUAGAAUACAACGAUUUGAAAACCAGAACGAUCUGAAACCGCCUGUUAAGUUUUUGUUGUUCGGACAUUACUAAAAAGUACGUGCAAUAAUUGUUACAACUAUUUUCGAACUCGAGCCAAAGUUAUUGUGUUGUGAAAAAGACCAAUUCGAAGCAGAAACAUCUUGGAUUAUCUCCCACUUGGAUAUACAAAUUAAAAUCGUUACAAAAUGGAUUACAAAAACGAUAUUAAUUCCGACGACGACUUCGACUGCUCCAACGGCUACAGCGAUAGCUAUGGCUCCAGUGGACGCAUGUCCAAUCCCAAUGGAUUAUCAAAAGCAGAACUGAGAAAGACAAACAAACCGAUUAUGGAGAAACGUCGCCGAGCUCGCAUUAAUCACUGCCUCAACGAACUGAAGUCCCUUAUCCUGGAGGCGAUGAAAAAAGACCCGGCUCGUCAUACCAAACUGGAGAAGGCCGACAUACUUGAGAUGACGGUGAAGCAUCUGCAGUCGGUACAGCGCCAGCAGCUCAACAUGGCCAUCCAAUCGGAUCCCAGCGUGGUCCAGAAGUUCAAGACGGGAUUUGUGGAGUGCGCAGAGGAGGUGAACCGCUAUGUUAGCCAAAUGGAUGGCAUCGACACGGGUGUUCGUCAGCGGCUCAGCGCCCAUCUGAAUCAGUGCGCCAAUAGUCUGGAGCAGAUCGGGUCAAUGAGCAACUUCAGCAACGGAUACCGUGGUGCUAUGUUUCCCGCCGCAGCUGUCACGGCUGCUCCCACUCCGCUGUUUCCCUCGUUGCCGCAGGACUUGAACAACAACAGCCGCACGGAGUCGUCGGCUCCCGCCAUCCAAAUGGGCGGACUUCAGCUGAUUCCCUCACGUUUACCCUCGGGAGAGUUUGCCCUGAUCAUGCCGAAUACCGGAUCCGCUGCUCCGCCUCCGGGACCCUUUGCCUGGCCAGGAUCUGCAGCAGGAGUCGCAGCUGGAACAGCCAGUGCCGCCUUGGCCAGCAUUGCCAAUCCCACACAUCUGAAUGACUACACACAGAGCUUCCGAAUGAGUGCGUUUAGCAAACCAGUCAAUACCGCAGCUCCGGCCAACCUUCCGGAAAACCUCAUCCACUCGCUGCCCGGGCAAACGCAGCUGCCCGUAAAGAACAGCACAAGCCCACCGCUGAGCCCGAUCUCCUCCAUAUCCAGCCACUGCGAGGAGUCGCGGGCUGCCUCGCCCACCGUGGAUGUGAUGAGCAAGCACAGUUUCGCCGGCGUCUUUUCAACUCCGCCACCAACCAGCGCUGAGACCUCCUUCAACACCAGCGGAUCCCUCAACUUGAGUGCCGGAAGCCACGACAGCAGCGGAUGCUCGCGAUCGCUGGCCCACUUGCAGCAACAGCAAGUGACCUCUACCAGCGGAAUCGCCAAGCGCGACAGGGAGGCGGAGGCCGAGUCCAGCGACUGCUCCUUGGACGAACCCUCGUCCAAGAAAUUCCUAGCCGGCGCCAUCGAAAAGUCAAGCUCCGCUUGGAGGCCGUGGUAGAUCAUCUGCAUCUGCCUCUGCAUCUGCAUAGGCCACUUCUAUGUUACGUUUAUACAUUGUUAAUUUAUUUCAUUGCAAUUUUUUUCAAAGAUCACUUCAAUGCUUUAGAACCCCAUUAAGUUUCUACGAUUUCUAUAUGUUUUUAUGUAUCCCCGUUUCGCUUUCUUCUUUUUAAGUUCAGCUGUGAUUUUGUAUAUUUUUUGUGUAGUUCUCGUUUAAGCUUUUUAUACGACUAUUAUGUAGCUCAUUAACUAAUUCUGUUCUUUAAUGUUUCUUUAACUGACCAAGUAUUUAAGCACUUAAACGUGUUUUUAUUUAAGUUAUGUAGUUUUCAUUGUAUAGCGUUUAU